AGCACAACGGACUUAUGGAUGACAAUGACUUCAUCUGUCUUGGAUGUGUUCACUGAAGAUGUUAAAAGCUGAUUGACCAAUCAGUGGGAGGAGGCGUGCCGGCGUCUUGGUGCAGAUUUUGAAUCGCUGCCAGCAGCGUGAGUAGGUUUCCUCAACAUCUCCAGCCAUCCACCGGCCUCCAAUUUCAAUUCAACAAGUAUCAGCAGUCUGUAGAGGUUUUAAAUGGCGAAUUGGUCACGUUUUUAUAGGCGCACCCUGUCUGAACAGUGUUCUGUUACCCAACCUCAGCUCAGAACAUAGUCUUCAUCAGGACUCAGGAGACGCAGAUUCACGACAAGCAAGAUUAUGAUGAGGCAGCAGGUGUGGGAGAGAUCUGACAAGCUGUGUGUGGGCCCGUAAGCGUGACACAGAGCGUGAGAUGAGGACCAUUAUUCCUGUGUUUGGAGGGGGCGAUGGAGGGGAGUCCCGCGGCCUCCGCAGCAGGGUGGGCAGGAUGAAGAAUCUGCUUUGGCUCAGGCCGAGUCAGUGCGUGGACGUCCACAUGGACACCGAGCCCGGCGUGUGGCUGACCAGCUUCCAGUCGUUGGACACUGAUGGACAGCACGAGGACCUGGUGCAAGAGUGGGGGGAGGAGGAGGAGGACGGGGCUGUGUUUGGCAUCACACUGCGCAGGGAGCCCAUCCUGCCGAGCCUGGACACUGCAGAGCUCCUUACAACCUUCGCCCAGUACCGCGCGGUGAAGGUGCGCAGGCUGAAGGCCGCCACCCUGGAGCGUCUGCUCAGCCACCUGCUGGACCCCGAGCACCAGGAGCCCGACUUCAUCCGUGUCUUCCUCUCCACCUACAGGGCCUUCAUCUCCUCCACCAGCACCCUUAUCAAGCUGCUGUUUCAGAGAAACGACUCAAUCGCCAACCUGGAUAACACUGUCUGUCAACGCAGUCCCUUACCCCCGGUGAUCCGGCUGUGGCUGGAGGAAUACGGUGAAGACUUCCGCGAUCCCCCUCAGUACCAAGACCUCCGGCUGCUGUGUGUCCACUUGCAGCAUGGCCUCUGCUUCAGGCGCUUGGCUCAGACCGCCGAGACCUUCCUCAAGAGGCUCCAGGAACAAGAUUGCAGCGACUCUGCGUCACAGCACAACAGCGAAUCAUUGCAGCAGGAGCUCGGAGACCAGGAGGACGGAGGACAGGCGUCCACUAAGGAGGAAGACAAACACUUUAUGGACUUCCCUGUGAGAGACGUGGCGGAGCAGCUGACCCGACUGGACGCUGAGCUGUUUGUCCGAGUGGUGCCCUUCCACUGCCUGGGCUGCGUCUGGUCCCAGCGCGACAAGAAGGAAAACCGAAACCUGGCGCCCACCGUCCGCGCCACCAUCUCCCAGUUUAACGCCGUCACCAACCGUGUCAUCACCUCACUCCUCUGGCCGUCCUCUCCCAGCCCUUCCACUUCCUCUCCCAUGUCAUCGCCCAGCUCCUCCUCCUCCUUCCUGUACCCCUCGACGGCCCCGAGCUCACCUCGCUGCUCUCACACCAGCCCCGCCCACAGGGCACGCAUCAUCGAGAGGUGGAUCGCCAUAGCUCAGGAGUGCAGGCAGCUGAAGAAUUUCUCCUCUCUGAGGGCUGUCCUUUCAGCCCUGCAGUCCAACGCUGUGUAUCGCCUCAAGAAGACCUGGGCUGCUGUCAGCAGGGAAAGCAUGGCCACCUUCGACCUCUUGUGUGAGAUUUUCCCUGAUGAGAACUGUGUGCUAACCAGCAGAGAGAUCCUGGUGGAGGAUGGGACUCAACCAGAUGGCAGCGCCACCCCCGGCUCAGCGUCCAGACACAGCUUCAGCAGUGGUGUGGUGCCGUACCUGGGCACUUACCUGACUGUCCUCACCAUGCUGGACACAGCGCUGCCUGACACAGUGGAGGGUGGACUCAUCAACUUUGAGAAGCGCAGACGGGAGUUUGAGAUUGUCUCUCAGAUUCGGCAGCUUCAGGCUUCCUGCUCCAACUACAGCCUACCAGUAAACCAUCAUAUCGCCGCCUGGCUGCAGGCACAUACGCUGCUCACGGACCAGGAGAGCUAUGAGCUGUCUCGUGACCUGGAGCCUCCAGUUGACCCCUGUCCCAGCUCUCCCAACUCAUGGAGCAGUCGCCUGCUCGCCAAGAAACUUGCCACGUUGCGAUCAUCCAGCGACAGCUCCCUCAGGAAGACCCACGCUGACCAGAUCAGUGUGUCGUCUUCUGGCUCCAGCAGUUCAGACAUGGAGGACCUCUCUGGCCCUCAGCCCUCCCCCCUCAGAGUCAAACUCAAGUCUCUGUCAAGCUCGCUCCACAAUGUUGCAGAGGAUUUCUCCGUCAGCUCCAUGUCCUCCUCCUCUCCCAAUCUGUCCAGCUCCUCCAGCAGCUCCUCACACCCAGACCUCAGCUCUUCUUCUCUGGUGCUGAGCCCGGAGUCGCCAUUGCCGGGCUGCUCUCCUCAGGCCGUGCUGCCCGUCUACAACAAGCAGGUCGCUGACUCGUGUAUCAUCAGGGUGAGCGUGGAGUGCGUCAGCAACGGAAACGUCUACAAGAGCAUACUGCUGACCAGUCAGGACCACACGCGUCAGGUGAUUCAGAGGGCUCUGGAAAAACACAACAUGGAGGAUGUCUGCCCCUAUGAUUACAACCUCUGCCAGAUGCUCAACAAUCAUGGCAAAGAGCUCCAGAUCCCUGACAAAGCCAACGUGUUUUAUGCCAUGUGCACCUCCGCCAACUAUGACUUUGUGCUUCGUCAGCGCUGGAGGAGCCACAGGAGACAUCUGGGCUCCUCUUCCAGUCCUGGAGCUCAACCCAGGAGCCGCUACUCCAGGUGAAUCGCAUCUGUCCUGGCUGACUGUUUAUCCAGAGGACAGAGGAGCUGCUCGUGUGCAAACAAACGCAUCCAUAUUUACUCACCGCCACGAGGUAUGAGCCACUCUGAAAUAGAGACUCGCAAGCAACCGAGCUUUGACUGCAAAAUAUCCUUCUCCUCUUUGCCUGGAGCAACACUGAAAUGUGUUCUACUGAGAAUUAUCGUGGACCGUUUUUAAAAGAGUGAUGCAAGAAGAGAGAAAUAUCCAAGUACACCGAAGUGAGACACCAAGUAGGAUUUUGUAGUUGUCGUCCAUCAUCUUGAACAUCAACAUCAUUGGAUAAAUGAACCGCAAUUCCCAGGAGCUGUUUUUCCUAAGAUAAACACACUUGUAUUAUGUAGACAAAGGCACAUUGCAUCGUGGACUAUUGGGCAUUAAUGAGGCGAACAGGGCCUAACGUAUCACUGCCGCGACAUACAAACAGGAUGAGGAUCAGCUGGUCUGGGAAAACAGUGGUGUCAUGGUCAGGAGAAAACGUGGCCGCAGUUUCUCGUCCGGGACUCGGACAGGACGUGGGACUUUUCCUUCAACGCGUGUGACUGAAUGAGUAACUGACUCCUUUUUAACUAAGCGAAGCAGAGUGACUAGGUAGGGAUGCUCCCUGUUAGUCUAUGAGGAACAGUUUUAGUCAUGCUGACCGCGUUGAAGAACAACGAGACUCCCCCCUUUAAAUCAAAUGGUGUUUGAAACUGUUUGCACUCCUGACACUGAGAUUUCAUUUGUCUGGAGAGCCAUCAAAAAGUAUUCAGUCAUCUUCUAGUUGAGGAUUCAAAUGUUUUUAACGUAACUUAAUUUAAUCAACUUAAAUUAUUAAAUGUAUUUCAGUAUUCAGCUUUUAGAGAAAAAGUGGCACGAGGAAAAUGUGUUAGUUUCUGUUUUUGUUUUGUUGGUUUUGGAUUCUCUUUUCGGUCUUCAAUGCUAAUCUGUUUUUAGUGUACUUAAAGUUGCUUUGAAGCUCAACUUAAGUUUGCAUUAUUUUGAAUGAAGAAACUUGGCUUUUUACUGUCUGCUGUAAUUGAACAAAGGAGACAUUGUAUAUGUGCGCACAAUGUGGCAUUUACGUCGGAGGGUCUGAAGAGGACUUGAACAGCUGACAUUAGAAGUUAUCUCUGGUAUGUUUUCCUUGCUGAUGAUGAAGGCUGAUUCACGUGGGGCUGCUAGUCACUACAGUCUGUAAUACAGUGAGUGGUAUGAAGCCCACUCCACCCGUGUGAGGCUGUGAAAGAGAUUAACCUGGAGAAUGGUUUGUGUAUGUAAAAACAAAGUGUCUUUAGUAUGUGAAUUUACGCUAAUCUCGGUGAUGUGAAAUCCUCCCCCAAAACUCUUAAGGCAGCUUUUUUGCAAGUAUUAAAAGUAAAAGAUUUUGGAGUGGUUAACAUAUUUAGAAUGAACAAAACAAACACACUGGUGACGUUUCUCCUCAGUUUUGGGCAGGAUUUAGCAUCUCUGGGGGAAGCUUUAAUGCUGCUGGGGUUUUUUGUAAGUCACAAGAAUGGUUGGUGACAAAGGUCUGGCAGCUGCAACAUAAAGUAUGAAGGAGGUGUCCACAGAGUGAAUCUUUCUGUCUGUCUGUCUGUCUGUCUGUCGACUGUAUUAUUAGCAGCUUUCAUGUUCAUUAUCUUCCUUCAUUAUGUAUGAAAUGUAAGUGAAGUCGUCAAACGUUACUGUAUGCAAGUUGUGGUUCAAGCCUAAUGUACAUGUCUUUGUUCUAUUAUUUUAUUUCAACAGAUACUUUAUUUUUAAAUUUUAAUCUCGGCACUUCCUGUUCAUAAUUAGUAUUUAAUGUCCACUAAUAAAGACAAUUUGCUAUUUAUCAUA